AUGGCAGCUCUCGCACGCCUCUCCUCGCGCCUGCGGUUCUGCGCCUCCGCCCUCCCCUCAGCGGGCGUCUGGUCCAAGGGAUGUAUUUGCUACUUUUCAACUAGCACACAUCAUCAUACCAAAUUUUAUACAGACCCAGUGGAAGCGGUAAAAGACAUUCCUGAUGGUGCAACAAUACUGGUUGGUGGUUUUGGGUUAUGUGGAAUUCCAGAGAAUCUUAUAGGAGCUUUGCUGAAGACUGGAGUAAAAGGACUAACUGCAGUCAGCAACAAUGCUGGGGUCGACAACUUUGGUUUGGGCCUUUUACUUCGAUCCAAGCAGAUAAAACGCAUGGUCUCUUCCUACGUGGGAGAAAAUGCAGAAUUUGAACGACAGUAUUUAUCUGGUGAAUUAGAAGUAGAGCUGACACCCCAGGGCACGCUUGCAGAGAGGAUUCGUGCAGGUGGGGCUGGAGUUCCUGCAUUUUACACCAGCACAGGGUAUGGGACCCUGGUGCAAGAAGGGGGGUCACCGAUCAAAUACAACAAAGAUGGCAGCAUUGCCAUUGCCAGUAAGCCGAGAGAGGUGAGGGAGUUUAAAGGUCAGCAUUUUAUCUUGGAGGAAGCAAUCACAGGGGAUUUUGCUUUGGUGAAAGCCUGGAAGGCAGACCGAGCCGGAAACGUGAUUUUCAGGAAAAGUGCAAGGAAUUUCAACUUGCCGAUGUGCAAAGCUGCAGAAACCACAGUGGUGGAGGUUGAAGAAAUUGUCGAUAUUGGAUCAUUUGCCCCAGAAGACAUUCAUAUUCCUAAGAUUUAUGUACAUCGCCUUAUAAAGGGAGAAAAAUACGAGAAAAGAAUUGAGCGUUUAUCAAUCCGGAAAGAGGAAGAUAUAAAAACCACAUCUGGUAAACCUGGAGAUAAUGUCAGGGAACGUAUCAUCAAGCGGGCAGCUCUUGAAUUUGAGGAUGGCAUGUAUGCCAAUUUGGGUAUAGGAAUACCACUUCUGGCCAGCAACUAUAUCAACCCCAAUAUGACUGUCCAUCUGCAGAGUGAAAACGGAGUCCUGGGUUUGGGUCCAUACCCAUUAAAAAAUGAAGUUGAUGCAGAUCUAAUCAAUGCAGGCAAGGAAACAGUUACUGUUCUUCCAGGAGCCUCUUAUUUCUCCAGCGAUGAAUCAUUUGCGAUGAUUAGAGGGGGACAUGUCAAUCUAACAAUGCUAGGAGCCAUGCAGGUUUCCAAAUACGGUGACCUGGCUAACUGGAUGAUACCUGGAAAGAUGGUGAAAGGAAUGGGAGGGGCUAUGGAUCUAGUGUCCAGUGCCAGAACCAAAGUAGUGGUCACCAUGGAACAUUCUGCAAAGGGAAAUGCACAUAAAAUCAUGGAGAAAUGUACGUUACCUCUAACAGGAAAGCAGUGUGUCAACCGUAUCAUUACUGAAAAGGCUGUGUUUGAUGUGGACAGCAAGAAGGGUCUGACUCUCAUUGAACUCUGGGAAGGCCUGACAGUGGAUGACAUAAAAAAGAGCACUGGGUGUGAUUUCACAGUUUCACCAAAACUCAUACCAAUGCAGCAGAUCUCGACUUGA